AUGAAUUCUAAACAAACGAACUUAUUGAAUUUUUACAAAAAAAAUAAUAAUGAUAUUGCCACUAGUUCAGUUUCGGAAUCCGUUGAUGAUAUCAUUGCAUCACCACCUAAGAAGAAAAAAGGUACAUUUGUUCGUAAUUAUAAUGAUGAUUAUAUUAAGUAUGGAUUUAUUUGUUUUUCUUCUGGUUCUAACGACAUACCGAAACCACAGUGCGUAUUGUGUUCUGUGAUUUUAUCUAAUGAAGCAAUGAAACCUGCUAAACUUAUUCGUCACUUGGAAUCAAAGCAUAAAGAAUUUAAUAACAAACCUACAGACUUUUUUAUUCGAAAAGGUAAAGAGUUAACGGCUCAAAAAAAAGUUAUGUCUACCAUUUCUAAGGUUAAUUACUCAUUAGUUAAAGCAUCUUAUCUGGUAGCAUUUCGUAUAGCCAAAUGCAAAAAACCGUAUGAAAUCGGGGAAACUUUAAUUAAACCUUGUUUACUUGAUGUUAAUAGUGAACUUUUAGGGCCUUCCGCUGCUAAAAAAAAUGAAUGA